AUAUACAUAUCUUUUAUUUAAUAUCUUUUUACCAUAAUUUCCCUAUUUUUUUAAUCUCAUUUCAGACAGACUUACAAAAGUUAAGAACCUAAAUUAGCUCAACAACAAAGAAAAACUUUCUUUAUUAUCUCAAAAACCCAUAAUUUAUUUUCCAAUACAAACCCACAAAUUCAAAAAUCAAAACAUAAAAUCCUAUCUUUCUCUCCUCAAUCUUUCUUCCUUCUUCAAAAAUAAAAUAUUAAAUUAAAAAAAUAGAAACUGUAUUUUUAAAUUUUUUCCCUCAAAACACUAGUUAAGCUCUGUUUCUGCUAAACUUGACCUCUCUAUAAUCUCUCAAAUUCAGCUUAGAGAAGUUUCAAGUUUUUGCAGAUUAAAUCCCACUGUAAAACUCUCUUCUAGCUUUUCAAAACCCAAAGCUUUCAUUUUUAUUUUUGAUAUAUUAUGUUUUAUCUUCUGGGUGUUGAAUUUUAAGCUCUGUUUUUACUUGAACAGUUAGCUUCAAAGUCUUCAUUUUUAUUUAUUUAUUUUUUGUUUUAAAAGAUUGUAAGUUUCUUUUUCAUUUUUCUUUUAUGUUUGGAGCAUAAAAUCAAAAUGGGAUUUUAGUAAAAUCUUGAGAAAGAAAACAAAAUUUAGAAAAAUCAAAACGGUUUAAGCAAAAAUGGAAGCAAGAGAAACUGUAAGUAGUAGUGGUGGGGUUACAGUGGUGGGAUCCGAUGCUCCGUCGGACUAUCAAAUCGCUCCAAGGUCCACCGACAACCUUAACUCGAUUCCGGGAUCCGCACCAACUCCUCCUCUGCAACCGACGGUGGCUCCUCCGCCGUCCAUGGCGGCGCCCGCGGCGGCUCCGGCGACGAUGGCUAUAAAGAAGAAGCGAGGGAGGCCAAGAAAGUAUGGUCCAGAUGGUACUGUCACGAAAGCACUGUCUCCAAAGCCGAUAUCCACGGCAGCUCCGGCGCCGCCUCCGGUAAUUGAUUUCUCUGCUGAGAAACAAAGGAAAAUAAAGCCAGUGAGCAAGACCAAGUAUGAACUGGAGAAUUUAGGUGAAUGGGUUGCAUGCUCUGUUGGUGCUAAUUUUACUCCUCAUAUUAUCACUGUUAAUGCUGGAGAGGAUGUCACAAUGAAGAUAAUAUCAUUUUCUCAACAAGGGCCUCGGGCUAUAUGCAUCCUCUCUGCAAAUGGAGUGAUCUCAAGUGUUACACUCCGUCAGCCUGAUUCCUCUGGAGGCACGCUAACAUAUGAGGGUCGCUUUGAGAUACUCUCUUUAUCUGGCUCAUUUAUGCCCACUGAAAGUGGAGGAACGAGGAGCAGAUCUGGUGGGAUGAGUGUUUCAUUAGCAAGUCCAGAUGGGCGUGUUGUAGGCGGUGGAGUUGCAGGUCUGUUGGUAGCUGCAAGUCCUGUGCAGGUUGUAGUAGGCAGUUUUCUGGCAGGAAACCAGCAUGAACAGAAACCAAAGAAGCAGAAACCUGAUACCAUAACUAUCACAACAACUGCUGCAAUUCCUAUAUCCAGUUCUGAUCCAAAAUUAAACCUCUCACCAUCAUCAUUUCGCGGAGAUAGUUGGUCUUCAUUGCCGACUGAUGCAAGGAAUAAGCCUACUGACAUUAACAUGUCCUUGCCAGCAGGUUAAAGGGGUUCACCUCGGCAAAAGAUUUAAAGGGUCUGUCACUGACGACAACGGCUAUUGAAUUCCCCUAAUAGGAGCUCACCAUCACGUGUUGUCUGUAAAACUUAUUGAAUAUUAAUUUAUUAGUACUGUUGUCAUGUUCAUUUUACCCCAUUUCGGAUCGGGUAGAGUUUUUAGAUAGUUAGCAGAUUAGGUAGGCUGUUGUUGCCGUUGUGUCAUGUAGAAUAUUUGAUGUAAUAUUCACACGUAGAGUUUGCCUUUUCUCGGAGUGUCUGAAUUUGUGUCUGAAAAUUGUUGUUGUUUCUAACUUUUCAAAUGCACUAUUUCUUUCCUGUCUCUGUAGAAUCUCUUCAGAAUUCUAAUCCGAAAGAAAUUUUGUUCUCACUUUA